AUGGAACCUUUUCAAGAUCCUAUUGCUAUUAAAGAGUAUAGAAGGAAGUUAGGCUUUCAGAAUUGCAAGGUGACCUUGCCGGUGUCAGUAGUAUAUGCUAAAUGUGAUAGACAAGAGAGGGAGGAGUUGUGGGAAGCUAUGAUGGACUUAGCAAAUCAGCAAGACCUUCCUUGGAUUAUAGGAGGGGAUUUUAAUGUCAUAGUGUCUGAUGAGGAGAAGCAAGGUGGCCUUCCAGUCUCAUCUAAUGAGACUUUGGAUUUUUCUACUUGUAUACAAAGUUGUGGUUUGAUUGAUGUAGGAUUCACUGGAAGUAAAUUCACCUGGUGGAAUAGGAGGACUGAAGAAGAUUGUAUAUUCACAAGGUUAGAUAGAAUAUUUGUGAAUCAGCAAGUGUUAGAUAUCAUGCCAUCCACAGCACAUCAUACAUUUAUAGAGGUGGUAAAGGAGAAUUGGACUGUUGAUUUCUGUGGAAAUCCAUUUUAUGUAUUUCAUCACAAGUUGAAGAAACUUAAAAGAGCACUGGUUCAAUGGAGCAGGAACACAUAUGGGAAUAUAUUUCAGCAGAUUGCCACUAUUGAAGAUACUAUAAAGGUGAAGGAGUUGCAGUUUGAAAAUAAUGCUUCAAGGGAGAAUAGAAUGCUGUUACAUCAAGCAUAG